UUUCAUGUCCAUCAAAACGGUGUGGGCGGGACUCAAACAAUCCACUCGUGUUCCCUGCACUGUGAACUGUGCGCCACAGCAGACCAAGAGCUGGGGCAGGCAGUAGUUCAGCAGCGGCACUAUCUACUGUGUUACCAGAGGACGACUGUUCUCACUCUCUGAGCCUGACUGCUGGUGUUCAGAGUCCCGUACAAACUGACCCUGUACCUUACCGCUGGUGCAUCUCUGAGAAAAAAUAUCCAGACUGUUGUGUGGUUUUUUUUUGUUUUGUUUUUUUUUGAGGAGCGAGAGCAUUUCCGUCCUCAAAAAGCAUCACAGUCUACGGGGUCGCGAAGUCGGUUGUGUUAACCCCCUCUUUUUCUCCCAGGGACGCACAAAAGACGCACUCCCAAGUCCACCUGGAUAGCUGACAAAGCCGUCCGGUCCGGUUCGAGGUUCAGUGGGGAGAGACGGUGAGGAGGAGAGAAAUUAGCGCGGAAAGGCAAGAGCAGAGACGCGGAGAAGACAGGAUGAAUCUCAAGAAUCAUUUGAUUUUCACCCUCUACACUAUUUAUGGGAUUCUUCUGAAAGUGAUGGCUUCAAAAGGCAAAGUUCGAGGCAUCAGCGGUCAGUACCCUCUGGUUCAGAAUGUGACGGUGACAGAGGGUGGGACGGCAAACCUGACCUGCCGUGUGGAGUAUAAUGACAACACCUCCCUCCAGUGGUCAAACCCGGCACAGCAGACCCUCUUCUUCGGGGACAAGAAAGCUUUAAGGGACAACAGGAUCGAGCUGGUGCGCGCGUCGUGGUCGGAGCUGACCAUCAGCAUCAGUGAUGUCUCGCUGUCUGAUGAAGGAAUGUACACCUGUUCUCUCUUCACCAUGCCCGUGAGAACGGCCAAAGCCUACCUGACUGUUCUAGGCGUGCCAGAGAAGCCAGAGAUCGAUGGCUUGACGAAGCCUGCCUUGGAGGGCGACCAGAUCACUCUGACCUGCAUCACUCAGGGCAGCAAGCCCGCCGCUGACCUGCGCUGGUUCAGGAACGAAAAGGAGGUCAAAGGUGCCAAAGAGGUGAAUGCGAGCGGGAAGACAUUUACAGUGCGGAGCUCUCUGAACCUGCGAGUGGACAGAAAUGAUGAUGGAGUGGCCUACACCUGCAGAGUGGACCAUGUGGCACUCACACAGACAACACAGCAGGCCACCGAAGUGCUGGAGGUCCACUAUCCUCCUCGUGUGGAGAUCAUCCACUCCCUUGCAAUUCCUCAGGAGGGUCAGUACUUAAAGCUGGAGUGUGUGUCCAAAGGAAACCCUUCGCCAGAUCCUGUGAUGUGGACAAAGGACGGGGGUGAACUUCCUGACCUGGACCGGAUGAUUGUAGAGGGGAGGGAGCUCACCUUUACUUCACUCAACAAGACAGACAAUGGCACCUACCGCUGCGAAGCCACCAACCACCUAGGGACCAGCCAAGCUGAAUAUGUACUCUACGUCUACGAAGCCCCCACCACCUUGCCUCCAUCCACCACUCCCCCCCUACAUCCCAUCCCUCCAGAUCCUACUGCACUAUUAGGCACCCACGCCUCAGACCCCACAGUCACUGGCAACAGAGAUCCCAACGCUCUGGGGCAGCACGGCACUGACCAUGCCUUGAUCGGAGGAGUGGUGGCUGUAGUGGUCUUUGUCACCUUGUGUUUAAUCAUUGUUCUGGGAAGAUACCUGGCCAGGCAUAAAGGAACAUACUUGACAAACGAAGCCAAAGGAGCGGACGAUGCGCCCGACGCCGACACAGCCAUCAUCAACGCUGAGGGCAACCAUGCACACGCAGAAGAAAAGAAAGAAUACUUCAUUUAGACUGCAGGGGGAGCUGUGCAGCCCCCCCCCCCCCCCUUCCUCUUUCAGUCUCUGUAUCUCUUUUUCUCUCUUGCUGUCUCCCUCUUUUCUUCUCCACCUCUGACCACUGCCCCCAUCGUGACCACGAGGAACCCGCAGGCAGUCCACAGACAGAGAAGUUCCCCAAGUGUUUUCCUGUUAUUGCCUUUUUGUUGAGCCCAUUUCUAUCAUUUACAUUUUGUCCUUUCUUACUUUCUUUCUUUUUUUUCUUCUUGUUUUUGGCAGCCAGUUUUCACAGGCAGCUUGCUGCUGAAGUGGUUCUCUUUUGUCAUACUUUUCCUCAUCUUUGACAUGAAUUCCUGGAAAUCUGUGUAUCUACCAUGACUGCUUCUUACAUGACACCCCUUGUCCGUCUUCUCUCCUGUUUCCCCUCCAAGCAGACGCCCAAACACAUACUAUAUCCCCUUUGUUCAAACACGUCCACAAACACAUAUCAUAACUCACAUCAACACGGUGCCUAAAAAUACAGACGCCAUUGAACUUCUGUCAAUGCCUUCAUGUAUCGUCUGUCAGUAGCAAUGUAAAUGCUUUGUAGAUGGUUACCUGGACCAUCAUUUCAUUGCUUAGCUCACAGCUUUUGAUUAUGCAUUGCGUCUUUCUUUUUUUUAAUUAUUAUUAUUUGAACGAAGAUCUUUGCUGUUUACGCCUUAUACAUGUCUAUCACACUGAAUACGGUACUUUUAGAUGCUCCACCUCCCCCAACUCCGUCCCCUCUAAAUACACUUGUAAUUAAACAGUUGACCCUUGUAAGAUAAGAUGAAGGUUUUGUGUAACACUGUAGCAAGAUUUGUCAGAUAAGUGUAUAAUAUGAUUUUCAUUAUUAGGGUAGGGGUAAUAAAGGGUAAUGUGGUAUUGUUUAGAACAGAGAACACACACCAAAAAUAUAUGAAAGAUGCUAGAUGAAGCAUUCCAUCAAAUGAACUCAAUCAGUUAUAUAAAACCAUUUGCUAAAUCUGCUGUCCCUAUGUACUUUUCGUCUGUAUAUUCCUGCACUGUCCAGGCUGCAGUUUAGCAAAACGCCAACACCUUCAAUGUCCUCUUGACAGCUUACAGUAGUUUGUUCUUCACAUAAAGGGUUCAGGUGUACAGAAAGAGUCGAUCUCCUCUCUCUAAAAGCUGUAUAAAUUGUACUGAAGUGAGUUUAGCUUUUUCUCUUUGAAAAAUUUUGUUUAUGUUUAUGUCAUGUUGAAAUCAUUUUAAGGCUGAAAGACCCUGUGAAAUGUAAAAUAAACCAUUAGGAGUUAAUACGGGCUGAAAAAAAAAAGAAGAAGAAGAAGAAGUACACAGUUCUGGUAUGUACAGGAAUUUUAGUGUCAAAUAAAUUUUCCUUUCCUUUCAGUAAUGUCAUUUUGAUUGAUACCUCUUGUAAACUUGAGGUCCAGGCAGCUUUCCAUAGUGGUUUGUAUACAAAUUUCUGUUCAUUUACUGUCUCUUGGAUAAGCAACCAAUCAUAUAAUAGCUCAAUACAAAUAGUGAAAACAUCAGUUUGACUAUAUCCAUUUAGUUUUUUCCUUUGUAUCGUCAUUUUUAAAUUUCUGUUGAACUAGUUUCUAACAAUUUAGUUAAAGUGCAGAAAUCACCAACUAAUCAUCCACGGCCACCUCUCAAACUGCAGAACUGCUUUUCUUAUUUCACUUUUGUCAGAGUCGUUCUCCAUGAACUGUAUUUUGAUUUUCAUUUCAUGGGGUCUUCAAGCAAAAAGAAAAAAAGGAAAAAAAAAAAAGAUUAAAAAAGGGAAAUAGUGUAUGAGCGCUGGGUCAUAGAUCUGCAGGGGCCUCCUUUCUAAAACUUCUAACUUAAGACAAAAGAGAAGCACAAAAAUGUCUAAAUGAGUAACCGUGUUCCUUUGCCAACAACUAGUUCACCCUGGGAAUGGUUCUUCUAUUCAAAUGGGUAGUGGGAAGAAGACAAGGCUGUCUUUGAGUCAAUUCUAGAAGAAAAAUACAGUGCAUCUUUUUGAAAAUGUAAACUGAAUCAUGUUUUUUUAUUGAAAAAAAAAAUGUUUCUAAUAUUUUUUGGUUUAAAUGGUUCUAAGCUCCCUGCUGUAUAUUGUGUCUGCUAAAAUGUGGUUAAUUGUGAAAAUUGCUGUUAAAUUCUGGAUUCCCGUUACUCCUUCAAAUUUGUAUAUUAGCCACCUUAUCUAUUUACUUUUUAUCAUUUUUCAUUGCAUAAUCCUUAUUGGAAAUCUUUUAAACAAAUGUAUUUUGUUUUGGCACAAGGCAUGUAUAUAAUGUGUGAGAACUAAACUUUGGUAAUACACAUUAGCAUGUUUUUGUUUGGUUCUUUAUCAUGAUUAAUUCAUUUGAACUGAAGUUAUUUAAGAGAGAACCACAAUGAAGUAUAUGUGUUACUUUGGAGAACAGUGGCUUCUUGUGUUUGUGGCAUGCUCUUCGGUGCUACACAUCUAAAGGAUUUGGUGUUGUAGACAAUAUGAUUGACAAAAAAGAAAAAAACAGAAAAAAUUCAGUGAAACAAAUGUGAUGAAAAAAAAAAAAAAAAAGGGUGUCCUGUCCAGUGGCCUUUUGUCCACAGAAACAGGAGAAAAUGUGCAUCUGUAUUCGCCAAAUCCUUAAAAUGCAAAUUGGAAUUGAAAGAAACAUCACGUUUAUGUAGGAGGCAAAGAAAGUUUCACACACCGAGACAGACGUAACAUAUCCCAGUAAACAACUUCUUUUCAUAUGUCCCAGCCAUUCGUCUUUCAUCAGUUUGCAGGAAUUUGUGCUGAUUUACUCUCCUGUGAAAGAGUAAUAAGCGCCGUGGCCUCUGAAAUGAAAGACUUAAAGGCAAGGCACUAAUCUGCUAAAUGGGAGCAAAAUAUUACCAAGGGCAAUAAAAUAGUGGGCCCAGCUGUCUCCAAUUCAGUGGCCAAUUUACAACAUUAUGCAAAUGAGGUCAGCAAGUAAGGUCUUUCUCCAUGUGCUAUAACUCAAGUAGUGCUGGAGUGAAUCACAAGUUGGGAAUCAUUUGAUUGAUGCCUGUCACCACUGAAUUUUGGAUUUUUUUUUUAAUGCAGAUGUUUUGCCACAGUUUUUUUUAUUUUUGUGCACUUCAGUCAAUACACCAUUUACAGGUGUAACUUCAGCCUCACCACAAACCUUCAGUAGAUCCUGACUAAAGUGUUCUGGACUGGUUCUUGUCUUAACAAACCCUCUAUUAAUCACAAUGAUGUAAUGUUUUUUUUUUUUGUUUUUUUUUUCUAUCUACUUCUUUUCACUGUGUCUUAAAUUCACAUUUUCAGUUGCUUUACAUCUGUGUGUGAAAUAAGAGAGUGGUCCGGUGGAUUUGUUGAUUCUGAAGACAGAGAAACAGGCUGUUUUAUAUUUAAUCGACACUCAUAAAUAACCAGGUCUGCAGUGAUGAGUUGGUGUUUUCAUUAGAAAUGAAACAGGUGCCAUUUACUGAAUUAUGCACUCUGACUAAUUUGAUGGGUAUUUUUUAGUAAGUGGUGAAAUGUGUUUAUUUUUUGUUUGAUUUUUUUUUUGUUUGUUUGUUCUGAAAACCACAUGUAAAUAUUUGUUUUUGGACAUGACAGUAAUGAGCUAAUUUGUUGCAAAUGGCUUUUUAUAAUAGUUAGACCAAACCUGAAUCUUUUUUAAUUUGUUAUUUUAACAGCCUGGCACAUACCAUCAUGCACUAUUUUACUGUGAUAGAAUCAACUGUAGCUGUGUUACAUCUUGGGGUCAGUUACAAGUCGUCUUUCUUUGUUAUUGUUGGUUGAAACUAAGCUUUAAACUUGUUGCCUCCUUGCUCUCCUAUAUGUAUAUCGGUUCAGUUAAUAUCCACAACAUCAUGGGCCUCUAAUUUCAUCCUGGCGGCAAGACAGUGAUGGCACUGACGUCGUCACAGUGGCAUUCUUGUUGUUCUUUAGACUCGUCUCUGUUUGGUCAUUUCCUGGCUCCAAAUGAAGCCACUUUCUUUGACUGAAGGAGGGAGUGAUGCAGCUGAGGUUAUGUGUUCCUGCAGAUUAAGCAGUGCAUACUGGCGGUAAUUUUGGCAUAAAAUUGCAUACAAUUUUGUGAACAUUUUUCAUGUUGUUGAGGGCAGAUACAGACCUGUACAAAAUGACAAAAAAAAAAAACCCUCUAUGUGUGUUGACUUUUUGCCUCUUUCUCUGUUAACUACCUUUUUUAAUCUAAUGCAGAUUUAAUCUAAAACAGAUUUAAAUACAUAUAAAAUACAUCUUUUAAUGUGAUUCAAGCAGCAGAUUCUAGGAUCAUUGUGUUUCAGCUGAAGGGAUCAUACAUGUGUGCUCCAGGCAAAAGACAAUAAAAAUAAAAAAAAUAAAAACUUUAUUAUACUUCAAGCUACUGUCAGUGUUGACUAAGUGCACUGACAUCAUUAUCAUAUAAAAUUAUAUAGAUUCAGAUUAAAAAAGGGACAUCAGAACACCCUCGGAUGCAUACGUGUGUUGUGCCUUGCACCUCCAGCUUGCUCCUGCCUGUCUGCUGCUUUCAAAGAGGGAUGAGACGAGCUCGUGUGAUUGGUGAUUAUUGAAGCUUGUCCAAACUCCACUUGGCUGAUGCCGCAUUGUGUAUUCAUCCUGCUGCAGACUUUUCACCACAGUGCACUCCCCCUGGAGCACAUCUGGUCACAAAACACUGCAGUCAGUUGGGGCACACGCACUUCACCGUGCGUUCCUCCCCAAGUCUGCGCUAUAGCGUUUUAAGCGCUUGUCCCAAGUCUCAGGAAAUUAGAGGCCCAUACCAACUAAAAAUAUCAACUCUGAAUCCCUAAUUGUAAAGGGAUGAAUAUGAAAGAAAUGGCCACUUUGAGUCAUAAUAUAUAUCUAAAAUUCUUCCUUUUUUUUUUAACCUGGUGUUGGUUUACAUUUUGUUUUAACUCAUGGUUUUGUUUACCACAGCAGUGAUGAUAGCAUGACAUGGCCCAGUCCAGUCCUGUCUCCUCUGACCCUUCAUAUGUCUUUGCUGUACAGUUUGGCUUUAGCGCACUACUGUGUUCCUCUGCAAUAUUGACACUAGAAUCAAACAGCCCAAUCUCAAUGCUGUCACAGUGAUGACAACAACAUGUGACACAAUCUCAUAUAGUAAUGUUUUUUUUAUUUUUGUUUUGUUUUGUUUUGUUUUUUCAUUAUAUCUCUUUCUUUUGUUUUGCAUCUCAGGAAUAUUUUUCAUUCAGAGAUUUUUUUUUUUUUUUAAUUUGUUUGUUUUUCUGUCUUAAAAGGGGGAACUUGUGAGCACUUCUCACUCUGCUAGCCCCUGUAUGCUGUCACCAUGUAUUUGUUGAGUUUAAGACUAUCACGAUGUUAAUAAAAUUAUCCAGUGAUUCUUCAGUAAUUCUGUCAACUCGCUGUCAUUGGGAUAUUAGACUUAAGAAGCUGUUUUUUGAUAUGAUCACUGACUUGAAAUACUGAGAUUUAGAAAUAUGCUGCAAAUAAUCAUGAGUUUCAAUAAUGAUAGUUGUGUUUCUACACAAUGUUGUCUAAUUUUAGCUUAUGGUAUGUAAGCAGUUCAAUGCUUUUGUCCUCUUGUUUUUCUUGUAGCAACACACAUCUUUAUGUAUAUCAGUCUUUAGAUUGAAGGAGUUGUGACGCACUAUCACUCACUGAAUACAAGAUAUCCACAGUAAAGAUCAGGAUUAGAGCUAGACACGUUAGUUCAGCUUCUGAUGUACCUUGGUGACAUAAGGGGUUUCAUAUCAAGCUGUACUGAGAGGGCUUGAUUCGAUAUAUAGCACCAUAAUGGAGGUGUUUUUCUCCCAUUAUCUGUGGGGUUUAUUAUAUUUAAUUUAGAGGUUCGUUCUCAUGUAUGAAAUGGAAAUUGUUGAAUAAAUAGUUGCCAAAACA